AUGGGAAAUAUCGCGCUCUCACCCGAUGAGCUUGCAUCUGUCGCGUUUGAGAAUGGUUGGCUGCGCCCUCCGUCGGUUGCCGUGGCUCCAGGGGCGAUGAUUCAGAACGCCAUCCGGACGCACCAGUCUCGAUGCUCAAAGUCGUCACCUGCGCGCAAGCCGCUGCUUGUCAAGUACCAACUUUCGGGAUCGAUGGCCGAGGCUGUGCUCGAGCCCUCGCUCCAUCCCCAGGCGUUCGAAGGGCCGUCAAGACCAAAGGGUCCCGUUUGGUACCUGUCUCCUGACGUGGGGCGAGCCAAGUGGCGCAACCCCUUCACGGGCAUUGUCGUUCCCAAGGCCCCGGUUCGUAAACCGGCAGCUCCCAGGCAACGGUCAAUCAAGCCGGCUCCGUCCAAGGACUCGUCCAGCACGCACAAGGGUCGACACAGGAAGGAUGGCAGCGCCACUCCCGCGCUGGUGACAGACUCCUCAUCCUCACAGGCCCCUCCACGGAUAAAGCUGCGCUUGUCAGCUGCCGGGGGUGGCGAUGCAGCGUCGCAGCAGGGCGAGGACAGCGACGCGCCGUCCGCCGUCGACAUGUCACGAGAUACGUCUCGCAGCCAGACUGUCGACUCGACGGUGUUCCCUUGCUCUUCGCCUCCGACGUCGCCACCCUCAGAGCGCCGACGCGAACGUCGUAGCGUGUUCGACUCGUCCGAGUCCGAGUCUUCAUCGGACGACGAGGAUGCACCGCAAUUGCGCCCGUCACAGCGCCGCUUUGUGCUUCCUACGUUCCCUCCGCUUGCGGCUGAUCACCCGCGCUUCGUCCAGCAACCGCGCAUGUCUCCACUAGGAGAGCUGUUCUUUUCCUCCAUUCAAACUCCCACCCAGCUGCCGCAGCCUCUGCCCGCUCACUCGCCGUUCCCGUGCCACGCGCUGGACAACACCAUCUGGGGUGCCAGAAGAACCGUUGACGACGAGCCGAUCGGCUGUGACACAAGCUCAAGCGAGGAUGAGGAGAUGCGUGACCCCGACUGGGGCACAGGAUCGGGUGUGAUUGUCAAGGCCGAGGACGAACAGCUCAACGCCGAGCUUCCGGAAGGGAUCAAGCAGCUCGAGGUGGAGGCAAAGGUCGCCGCCACCACGUGUGCCAUGUCCAAGCUCUUUUCGCUCGACGAGCCGCCAGCGACUGCGGUCGUCUACAACCAGCUCGACAACCUCUCCUCCUCUGACACGUCGAGUCGCACCGAGUCGUCGACCACGACCGUCAACCACAAGUUCCAUGGGAAGCUCAAAUCGGUUACUUGCUCGAACGCGCUUCCCGCAUGGUCCGCGUCCAGCCCAGUCCAGUCUCCGAACAUGGCUGGUCGUUCCCUGCCUGCUUUUGUUGAGACAUCGCCAACCUCCUUCUUCAGAACUGCAAGAGACUGGGAGAGCAGAACGAUAGCCAUGGACGUCGACAUGGAUCAGGGCGAGUCUUGGCUCGACGAGUCGGGCCAACUCCCUGUGCAUGCCGAAGAGACAUUCUCGGAUCUCGAGGUGGGCUCGACCGUUGGUGACAUUUCUACACCGGAACGUGACCGUGCUUUGCAAACUGCCGAGUGGGCACAGACCACGUCGGCCCUGAGUAUGAACAUCAAGCAGGAGCCCGAGGACUACUAUCCGUCCCCUGCCGCCACGUCCGAGCACUCGUCUAUUCUGUCUGCGCCGUCACGCGAAUCAAGCGUGUCCACCGCCUCGUCUCCCUUGUCGGAGCUUCCGGACCUAGACUCGGACGAUAACGACGAAGACUACGAGUAUGAGGUGUUGAUCGGCCCCGAGAGCGUGCACCUGGAUGAACUGGACAGCUGGCUUCCCGGUGCGUCAAAGCCUCACACCACGCCUGGGCGUGGGCGGGGACGCACUCGACAAGAUCCCUCGCGCAGCAGCUGGGGUGGCAUUGGAGUAAACAACCCAUUUGUUCCGUGCCCAAGCACCAUCAGCAAGUUCGUGCCUCCUGCGCUCGUGCGUAAGAGGAGUCAGCGCUCGAGCUCGCGGCGAAAUCGGUCCACUCCUCGCAAGGCUGAGCGUAUAACACCCGCUCCGAGUCCUGCCGAGGUAGUCGUCAUCAACGUCAGCCCCAAGGCCAAGUCUGCCCUGUCUACUGCUUCGGAUGACAUGGAGCUGGACGAAGCAAUCGGGACAGCUGAGCUAGAGAAAGCCGCGGCCGAAGCCUUCGCAGAAGCAGUCGCUCGAGAGGAGGAAUUACGACGCGUCCGUAAACAGCGAGAGUGGGACGAGUGCCUCCGGACCUUUGCAAACGCGUGCCCGACCGUGUCGACGUCAACGGACUCUGGCAGCACGUCGCCUGGUGAGGCCACGCCUUCGAGCUCAAGUGCUGGGCCCAGUACACAGCCAACGCCAUGGCCCGAGAUGUCCCCAAACUGGGGCUCGACUGAUAACAUCUGUGACAUGGCCCCGCAUCCGACGACGUUGUCGCCUCUGGCGCUGCAGAUGACGCCGAUCGUGCCGACUGCCGACAUUGCGAUGAUGGCGAUGCUGUCCAAGGCCGACCCCGAUGCGAUGGCCCUGGACUUGACGCCAGAGGACCUGGAGGAGCUUGCUGCGCAGCUGCCGCCCACUGCUCCGCCACCUCUUCCUGCUGUCCCUACGACGGUGACAGUUCCCCAGGGCCCGUCAAACCGGUCGCCACCCAAGAAGGUCUUGAACAUCGCGCCAAGACCACCCGGUGUUCAGGUUGCGCUUAAACCUCUCAAGCCGAAGCCCACACAAGACGCAGAUAAGGAGAAGGGCGACAAGGCGGAGAAGGCAGAGAAGCCUGCCGAGCGACCGAAGCCAGUCAAGCAGAAGUCAGGGUCCAGCUCCAAGUCUGGCCCCACUGCGGCUGUGGCUGCGGCUGCGGCUACGGCUACGGCAGCGACUGCGGCCGCGGCUGCGGUUGCGGCUGCGCCUCCCUUCGGGCCUGCAAUAGCGCCUGCGCCUGUGCCCGCCGGUCCCGCACCUGCUACAGUGAAGUCAUCCACUUCAGCGGCUGCUUCGGCGCCCGCCACUGCACCACAAGCCCUCGCUCCGAAUCCUGCUGCUGCAACUCCCGCGGCACCGCCGGCGCCUUGCCCACCCCGCCAAGCUGUUUCUGUGCCAUCACAGCAGAUUGCAACGCCGGUACCGCAUUCGGCCCCUGUUGCUCAGCCCGCGCCUGCUCCGACAGCCGCCCCGACUCCCACGCUGCGAGCUGCCGUUGGAAGUUCUGCUGUUCCAUCUCAGCCAGUGUCGAAGCCGCAUUCGCAAACAUCGUCGCAGCCGACUUCGCAUACUCCAUCCCAGGCAUCGUCGCAAGGACAAUCGCAACCUCCGACGCGCACAGUCUCGCCAGUCGCGCGGAUCACGACUGCUUCGCCCACAGGUUCGGCAGCUUCCGCAUCCACGUCUGCCUCCACACCAAGCUCUACGACCUCGACCCAGAGCCGUCCUGGUGGCACCACCAAGCGGUUGCUUCCUGGCAUCGAUGCGUGCGUCGUUGACAACCUUCCCUGCUACUCGCAUAUCUGGGACAACCCUAAGGGCGGGCGCUGCACAGUCCUGCGUCGCCUCGACACCGACUUUGUCAACGGCACUGCUCUACUGACGGCACUGGGCGUCGCACCCACGAGGAUUCCCGAGUUCCUCAACGGGCCCUCGCCCACGCUGGCGUCGCACCGCACUGUGCCUCUGAUCUCGCCACAAGGGAUGCAUCAUGCGCCAGGUGUACCUGGUGUGUGGAUCCCUCUGGUCGAGGCUCGCGGCCUUGCCGCCAAGCUUAGUCUGCAGGAGGCCACGCUGCUCGCCAAUAUUCUGCGCGAGGACCUGUUCCAGCUGUUCAAGCAGCUCGCAGGAAUAUCUCUCCGCCACACGUCGUCGACGGAGAGCUUCGGCAUGCCGUUUGUUACCCAGCCCCUCGGUCAACGUGGUAAGGUACCGCCACGCCCGCAGCAGCAGCCGGUCCGACAUCCUGUUACUACCAACGGCGUCCCCAUCAACGGCAAGCCGCCUUUGGUCCGCCAACCUACGCAGCAGCCAGAUGGAUGCCCGCAGCCGAAGCGGCGUCGCUCGACUGUGGCUGUGCCUGGCGCGACCGGCCCACAGGUGAUGCAACAGGGCGCAACUCAGCAGCAGCCCGCGCAGCUGAAGGCGCCACAGCCUCAGGUGCAGGCACAGGCUCCCCAACCUGGUCAACCUCCAGCGCCGCCUCUCGCCCCUGCAACUGCGGCCGUGCGCCGACCUUCAGCACCAGUCCUACCCAAGGUGGCACUCGCUCCGUCCCAGCCGCCCAUGACCCGCGCCCAGCAGGCGAAGAUUGCGCCUGCACCGCCAGCACGCCGCACCCGAGCCGCGCUUUCAGGAACCAAGUAG